GCAUCUUCUUUCCAAACUUCUGUUUCUUCUUCUUCCCUCUCUGUCACUCUGACAAUCAGGAAAUGCAGCUUUGCCGUUUAUCAGUUUCGAGGCGGGUGUGUAGACCUGCCGGAGUUGCUGAGGUCCAGGAAUGAUUUGAACAGCUAGCGGUCGUGCCGGGGGUCAUGCCAGCAUUGAAAUGGCACCAGCAUUCGCUGAUGUGUGGUGGAUGUUGGCUCCUCAGCCUUCACCUAUGCUUGUCAGGAAACCCACGAAGAGUUAUUGAAAGCCUUCCAGCUCGCGCUUCUUGAUUGCUGGCUCGCUGUCAGCGGAGGGGCUAGUGGAGCUGCAAAUUUCUGAACCUGCGCUCCUAUUGCUGCUUGACAUCAAGUAGAAGCACACGUAAGCGACAGUAUUUCAUCAUACUUUAUCAGCCCUGAUGGCAUCAGCCCCAAGCGAAGCGCUGCCCUCAAGCCCAACAAGGGUCCUGUCCAAGGAAGAGGUGGAGCUUAGAGCCAAGAAUGUCAUGCGCAAUGUCCGGUGCCUCACAUGUCCAAAUCAGAACAUAGAAGAUGCACAGACCAACAUUGCCAUAUUGAUGAGAAAGAUGAUUAGAGAUGAGAUUGCCGGUGGAAAGCAGGAAAAGGAGGUGUACAAGACGCUGCAGGACAAAUAUGGCGACCAUGUGCUGUACUCCCCCCCAUUUGAUGCCCAAACUGCAGUGCUAUACUUGCUGCCGGUUAUCAUGCUAGGAGGAGCCGCAGGCUUGACCCUCAUGUCACGAAGACGACCGCCAAAAUCUGCUGACCUAUCGGAGGCCAUGCUGAGGGGGCUGCCGCUGAAACCGGAAGAAUACGCAACGUUGAAACAUCUUCUUCGGCCUCCUCCACAUCGAUGAGGGGCAUGUAUCAAUAUGACUGCCCCUGAUUUUAGCAAGGAAAGAAAUUUCCCCAGCCCAUUCUGGUUCCCAAGUUGUUUGUAUCAUAUUGUGUCGAGCUUCGUGAUAAACUGCCUUAAUGCCGAGGACAGCAGAGCUGCUGCAGUCGAUUGAUCUUUCCGAACAUGAAAGUCAAUCAUCAGGAAAGGUCCACAACUUCGUUGAGUUGCAUAUUAGCACAACUUUUCGGGGCACCAGACUUUUAAAGCCACUUGAAUCUGACGGUUAUGUCUUCCUCGUAUUAAAUGGACCUGACUCGGAUGGCAAGGGCACCGUGAAUGUCAUCCUGACGUACAUACAUUGCGAACUAGAUGCUGCUUAAGUCAAGAUUGCACCAUCCUGGGCGGCGAACAUCGGAG